AGAGAGAACAUCUGGGGACCUUUUUUAAUAAUUUCACCUGCGUCUACUCUUAACAACUGGCACCAGGAGUUUGCCAGAUUUGUACCUAAAUUUAAGGUGCUACCUUACUGGGGAAAUCCCCAUGAUAGAAAGGUGAUCAGGAAGUUCUGGAGUCAGAAGACACUGUAUACUCAGGAUGCUCCUUUCCACGUGGUGAUCACCAGUUAUCAGCUGGUAGUACAGGAUGUGAAGUAUUUCCAGCGAGUGAAGUGGCAGUACAUGGUGCUGGAUGAAGCACAAGCACUCAAGAGUAGCUCCAGUGUUCGUUGGAAGAUCCUACUGCAGUUCCAGUGUCGAAACAGAUUGUUGUUGACUGGGACCCCAAUCCAGAACACAAUGGCUGAGCUGUGGGCCCUGCUCCAUUUUAUCAUGCCAACGCUGUUUGAUUCCCAUGAAGAGUUCAAUGAGUGGUUUUCUAAGGACAUCGAGAGCCAUGCAGAGAACAAAUCCGCCAUUGAUGAGAACCAGCUAUCCCGCUUGCACAUGAUCCUGAAGCCUUUCAUGUUGAGAAGAAUCAAGAAGGAUGUGGAAAAUGAGCUGUCAGAUAAGAUCGAAAUUCUUAUGUACUGUCAGCAGACAAGUCGACAGAAGCUGUUGUACCAAGCUCUGAAAAACAAAAUUUCUAUUGAUGACCUCCUGCAGUCUUCAAUGGGUACAACUCAGCAAGCACAGACCACCACGAGUAGUCUCAUGAAUCUAGUCAUGCAGUUCAGGAAGGUGUGCAAUCACCCAGAGCUGUUUGAACGACAAGAAACUUGGUCUCCAUUUCACAUCUCCCUAAAGCCAUACCAGAUUUCGAAGUUCAUCUACCGUCAUGGACAGAUCAGGGUCUUUAACCACUCACGGGACAGGUGGUUACGGGUUUUACUUUCGCCAUUUGCACCAGACCACAUCCAGCAGUCUCUCUUCCAUAGGAAGGGCAUCAAUGAAGAAAGCUGUUUUUCUUUCCUGCGGUUUAUUGAUGUGUCUCCAGCAGAAAUGGCAAACCUCAUGAAUCAGGGACAUUUAGCCAGAUGGUUAGCUCUUUUCCUGUCUCUGAAAGCAUCCUACAGGCUCCAUCACAUGCGCUCCUGGAUGGAGCCAGAAGGGGAGAAGCAGCAGGGGUCACAUUUUCUGAGGAACAGGGAUUUCUUGCUUGAUGUAAAUUUCCCACUGUCUUUUCCUAACUUGCACAGCUGCGCUUUGCUGCAGAAUCUUGUGUUCAGUAGCCACUGUAAAGCGGUUACUGGCUAUUCAGAUCAUGUCAUACACCGAAGGAGAUCAGCUACCUCAUGUGUACGGUGCUGCCAGGUGACUGAGCUGCCGUCCUUCCUGUGCAUAGCCAGUCCACGGGUUACAGCUGUGCCGCUGGAGUCCUACUGCAAUGACCGAAGCGCAGAAUACGAGCGCAGGGCACUAAAGGAAGGGGGAAGUCUGGAAGCGAAGCAGUGUGUACUCAGUGGAGCUCCCGAGCUAGCGGCUGAGUGGCUGAAGCGAAGUUCCCAGUUCUUCCCAGAGUAUCCAGGAGGGCUGUUAGGGAUCAGGCCUCAGAACGGCUGGUCUUUUAUCAGGAUACCAGACAAAGAGAGUCUCAUCACUGACAGUGGGAAACUCCAUGCUCUUGAUCUUCUGUUGACACGGCUGAAAUCUCAAGGACACAGAGUUCUCAUCUACUCCCAGAUGACACGGAUGAUUGACUUACUGGAGGAAUACAUGGUUUAUAGGAAACAUACCUACAUGAGAUUGGAUGGUUCUUCAAAGAUUUCUGAACGAAGGGACAUGGUGGCAGAUUUUCAGAACAGGAAUGAUAUUUUUGUGUUCCUGUUAAGCACAAGAGCUGGAGGUUUGGGCAUUAACCUUACAGCUGCAGAUACGGUAAUUUUCUAUGACAGUGACUGGAACCCAACAGUAGACCAGCAAGCCAUGGACCGGGCACAUAGGCUGGGUCAAACAAAACAAGUCACUGUGUACCGGUUGAUAUGUAAAGGCACCAUUGAGGAGCGCAUCCUACAAAGGGCUAAGGAAAAGAGUGAGAUCCAACGAAUGGUGAUUUCGGGUGGCAAUUUCAAACCUGACACCUUGAAGCCUAAAGAGGUGGUCAGCCUUCUGCUGGAUGAUGAGGAACUAGAAAAGAAAUUGCGUCAGCGUCAAGAAGAGAAGCGACAGCAAGAAGAAACAAAUCGUGUGAAGGAACGUAAACGUAAAAGGGAAAAAUAUGCUGAAAAGAAGAAGAAGGAAGAUGAAUUGGAUGGGAAAAGAAAGAAAGAAGGCAUGAACCUUGUGAUCCCAUUUGUUCCCUCAGCUGAUAACUCCAACCUGUCUGCUGAUGGGGAUGACUCCUUCAUUAGUGUAGACUCUGCCAUGCCCAGCCCUUUCAGUGAGAUAUCCAUCAACAGUGAAUUACAUAUGGGCUCUAUCCCUCCCGAUGAGAGCAGUAGUGAUAUGCUUGUGAUUGUGGAUGAUCCAGCAUCUUCAGCACCUCAGUCAAGGGCAACAAACUCCCCUGCGUCCAUUACUGGCUCAGUUUCGGAUACCAUGAAUGGAGUGUCAAUGCAAGAUGCACCUCUCACUAGCAGAGGCCAGUCAGGUCGAAGCCGGGGUCGUCCGAAAGGUUCCGGCAGUGGAUCAAAAGGCGGCACUGGGAAAGGCAGAAGCCGGAAAUCGAUAGCGGGAAGUGCGGCUGCAAUGGCAGGUGCCAAAGCCGGGGCAGCGGCAGCCUCUGCAGCGGCGUACGCAGCGUACGGGUACAAUGUCUCUAAAGGCAUGUCUGCAAGUAGCCCUCUACAAACAGCAAUUAUUCGGCCUUCUGGACUAGCAGAUUUUGGACCUUCAAGCGCCUCUUCUCCCUUGAGCUCCUCUUUGAGCAAAGGAAACAGUGUUUGUGGGACCCCAAAAAGCUUAAACCUGACCAGCAGUCUCAUAUCAGAAACUCCAAUUCGGAAACAAAGCAAAGGUGCCCACACCUCAGGUGGUCGGUAGUAAUUUUGAACCCCCAAAGCUUGUCUGAACUGCGUUGGCUUUCAGAAUAGACCACCCUGCCAGUUGAAGGCACGCAAACGGAUGCCUUGCUGCUGUCCAGCACGUGUGUGAAAAGAAAAUCAAAGCACAAUGGGAGGGGGUGGUUUAUGUGAGCACUUUGAUUAUGUGUAUUCCAAAAAAAAAAACCCAACCCUAUAUGUGCAGACACUGCGUGAAGGAGGGGAGGGAGUCUGGGGUAACUGGGAGAGUGCCGGCUUUGUCAGUGCGUCUGACAAAGAUGCCUGGGAAAGCAUCCAGCUACUCCAUGCAACAUCCUGCAGCUGUGUGUGCUUGAAGUCACACCAAUAUACUUUCUAUCUUGUAGCUUGAGGUGGAACCCAGCAUUAGUUUUAUCCUACGAAAUCCGUAUCUGAACCCCAGGAGUAUCCUGUAGAGUCAGAGAACAUUUCUGUACCGGCAGCAGGUCGGGGAUAAUUGGGGGCGAAGCUGAAGGUGUUGUGUGAUGAGAAAAAAAUCUUGGAUUCGUCUAGUGUGGGCCUCUGGGUUCUUUCAAGUUUUGAAAUGCAAAGGAAGGUGUCCUGGGUGGUUUCCAGGGAAUGGACUCUUUCCAGCACUGUCAGGAACAGGGUCAGAGCCACGGUGUAGGUGCUGGCCCGCCGUGAGAGCAGCAGCACUGCCUCUGCUCCAGGCAGUGGAAGAAACCACCAGCCAGUGGUUUGGUUUGCAUUUCAGAGUUCUCAUCAGCACAAACACUCGCUGUGUUCAGAAUGAUGUCUCUCACUUCUGAGGUGUGCAGAACUCAUAAAAGCUUAGAAACAAAAUAAGGCUCUGCUUACACAAAUCUCAAGAAACGGGAAAGCUGAAGAGCCGAGGAGGAGUUUGCUGCUGCCCCUCUCCCCGUGCCAUAGCAGAGCACGGCUCUGCAGCUUGUGGUGCUGCGAGGGGAGCAACGGAAAACAGUCCUGAGAGAGAGGGAACUGUGCCAUUCCCCCUUCCAGCCAAAUCCUGGGAAAACAUUGUCUUGUAUCCCGGCCAUCCAUUGACUGUUCUUCCAGUGUGUUGUCCCUUCAUCUCCGUAUCAUCAUGCGGACUCGCUUGGUUGAGUUCGCUGCCGUGUGCCGGUGCCAGCGGCCGUGUCCCGUGAGGCUGACAGAAGGCAGCGCUGCCAGUGCCCAUCUGUGUUCUCAUUCUCUGGUUGCUCCUUCCCUGUUCCCAAUGCACAAUCCCUACCCCGUAGCCCCUUGCUUUGCUGUAAGCAGUCUGCAUUGCACUGAGAUUUAGCUGUGGGCGGUUCUUCUGUCUGACACAUUGAGUUAGGUGGUUCUGCCGGGGCACUUUCAUCCCUUGAGAAAGAAGCAAGCUGAGUUGCAGGUCUGGGCUGUGACAGUGGAAAAUGACUUUUUUUUAUUAUUGUAAUUUUUUUUCCAACCCCAAAUCCUUUGCCUGGCGUCCUACAGUGUGGAGCGAGUGCUUCCUGUUGGCUCUGCCUCUAAUUUGCACACCUGAAAAUAGCAGAACUGAGCUUAGAUAGGUUGAUUUUUAAACAGAGUUGCAGGGGAUAACUGAGGAGGACGUGGUGUUUGAUUAACGCCUGAUGACUUCUCCCUUCCCCUCCUGUUCACGUGUAUUAUAUAAAAUUUAGAGGGAAUCAGACAAAUGCCAAGCCUUUUUUUCUCUUUGAAUGUGUUGUCUAUUUUUAUAACUGAACUUGUACAUAUGUAUAAAGAGAGACACAUCUUUCUUUUACUAACUGGAGAAGAAAAUCUUAAAUAAAAUGGAGUGAGAUAAUUUUAUGGAAA